UUUUAUUGUUUUCUGUUUGUUAAAAUUUUUCUUGCUAUUAAAAAUGCCUUUAAUAUUGAUGGUUGGUUUACCGAGUAGUGGUAAAACGACGAGAGCUCGUGAAAUUCAAAAAUUUUUUACGGAGCAACAGCACAGAGAAGUUAUCUUAAUAUCGGAUAACGAAAUUAUAUCAAAUAUGAAUAUAGACAAGAAUGUUUUGUAUUUAGAAAUGAAGAAAGAAAAAGAUCUCCGGUCAAAAUUGCAUUCUGAUGCCUUAAAGAGUUUAACAAAAGAAAAUGUUGUAAUAUUGGAUUCUGGAAAUUUUAUUAAAGGAUUUAGAUAUGAAUUGUAUUGUUCUUCUAAAAGUUUGAGUACACCAAAGUGCUUAGUUGUGUGUGAUAUUUCAACUGAAAAAGCUUGGGAGCUAAAUGAAAACAGAACUGAACAAGAAAAAUAUGUAAGGAAAACAUUUAAUGAUCUUGUUAUGAGAUAUGAAGAACCAAAUCAUUCAAAUAGAUGGGAUUCGCCAUUGAUAAAUUUACAAUUGGAUGACACUUUGCCUGCCGAAGAAAUCCGAAAAGCAAUUUUUGAAGUCGCUGCUCCUGUACCAAAUCAAUCGACAAUAAAUGCGCCAUUAAAUUCAAGUUCAUAUUUGUAUGAUUUAGAUCAAAAAACACAAGAAGUAAUUAACUCAAUUAUACAGUUGAAGAAACAAGGCGUGGAAGGAGAGAAUAUUGAAUUAGUCGAUUAUGAAGGGAAAUAUCUGAACAAAUUGGAUAAGAGUAUCUCAUUAGUGCAGCUUGCAAAGUCUAGGAAACAGUUUUUAUCGUAUGCCAAAAGCCACGUUUCAAUUACAAAUGACCAAACAAAUAUUGUUAAUAUGUUUAUACAGUUCCUGAAUAAGUCUGUUACUUGUUGAAAAAAAUUAUUAUUAUUAUUUAUUUAUUCAUUGGAGUAGGUAAGACCAUAGGAUUACAGAAUUAUGAUGACAUAUUAGCAUUUUGUUUUAUAUUUGCCUCCUCACUGUGAGGAGCAUGGCAUGCACAAAAUGUAUUCCAAUAGAAUGGAUGGAUAUAUGUGAGGACGAUUUGGGACCAAGUAAUGUAGGUUGAUAUUCACCACUUAAAGUUUUACUAUGGUGUUUCACCCAGAAUUUUAAAUAUUGAAUUGACAACUGCAUUAACUAAUUUGUUUCACUUCUCUGACCUUAUAGUAAAUAACCUAAAAUAACUGCUUUGCAAUUUAUUUAAAAUUGAAUAUGUUCAUCCUAACACCUAUUUUACAUUACAUUAUAUCAUUGAUUUUAAUAAAUUAGUGUUCAGUAUUUUAGUACUAAACUAUUUAUUAUCAAUGGUUAUAUUUGAUUGUUUGUAUUGUUAAUAAAUAAUAAUUCUAUAAACUACAUAUUUUUUUAUUCCAUUUGUACUAAAGUCGUAUACAUUUGUGAGUUAUAAAUGUAUAAGUUUAUUAUUUGUUAAUAUUAUUUAUUAUUUUACAAAUAGGUACUUGGAAUAUUUUUGCAGAUACUCCAGUGUAUAUUAUUAAAUUACAUAGACAAUUAUUAUGAUUUUAUGAAUAUUAAUUGACAAUUAUUAUGAUAUAUAAGAAUCUAUUAACUGUUAAUUUUAAAUGCUUAUAAUAUAGGUAAUUAAUCAAAUUUCAUGUCAAGUGUUAACUGACUAGGUACUUUUAUAAACAUUAUUUCCGAAUGUAUUGUAUUUAAUUUCAUCACACAAUCCUGUCCAGUAAAUGAAAAAUCUGAAUCUCGUAGCAAGUUGUG